AUGCCUCUUCUAAAGUCGUUUAACCGGUGCUUGCCGGGCUUCUCUGUCGGGUCUUCUGCCUAUACCAACAUUUAUCGAUGGUGCAGCAGUCCUUCGCAGUCGCCCAUACCAGAGCAGCCGCAGCAGACGCAGGCACACCCGCCGCCGAUCACCAACAGCGGGUUGGGCGUAUCCCACCCGGCUGCUUCUCUCGACCUCGGCUUGAACUUUGCUACGAUGGACUUUGAGGCGGUGGCAAGGGCGACACAGUCCGCCAUCGCCCGUGAGCGCAGUGCUAGCCAUUUGUCUCAACAACGUUUGGAGAAACUAGAGGCGAGGCUGGAGAAGCAGGUCAACACGAGCGCAGCUCCUCAGCAUGCUAAGCCAGCUCCAGCGCCGCCUCUUGCGCUAUCGUCAGAUGGAAUCCCUUGCGAACCUGCACCUGCUUCUCACUCUGCAUCAUCGCCGCAGAGCCGUCGCGACAACCACUCUCCAGUACCCGGUCAGCAACCACCGCCGCCACCGACUCAGCGUUCACAUCACUUUUUCGGUCGAGAUGGUUCAGCCACCCGCUACUCUCUACUGGAUAUGCUGAAGGACUGCGUAGCUGACGGACAGGGAGUGCGAGCCCUACAACUUUUCACAAACGCCGUGGACCAGGCAUGUCGACAAGUGCUGGUCCCCGACGGCACCGCAAAAAGUGCGGCCGCCGUCACCGCAUCGGACUCGGGUAGCGUAGCCUCAAGCACCACUCCGGAAUUGGAGUGCUUUGGGGCGAUGCGCAAGAUGCUGGCCUCCCUCCCUCCGAGACAGCCGCGAGAUCGUGCGGCGCAUCUGACGCGCGCGGCAAACGUCAAGAACAUGCGGGGUAUUAUGCGGUGGACUGGCCAGCACUACUACCUGCUGUGGAAGUGCCUCCUCGAGGCGGGGCACGUGGAGGAGCUGCUCCGGGUCUGGUCUGUUAUGCAGCAUAUCGGGUUCGUAGAGUACCAGCUGGAAGAGCGCACAGCCAACGCGCUGAUGGCCCUGCUCCGUCGCACGGCACAACCGACGGAGGUCAUGAUAGCCACGGUGGUGAGUCCUGACAUUUCUGUGGCAGAGGCGACGUCCCAUCAGAAGGAUAUUCGGCGCGAACUGAUGAAGGGGCUGGCGCAGGCCGCUGCAGCACGAAAGUUCAAGUUGACUGACGUAAACCGUCGUGUCGCUGAGGGCAUUCGAAUCGCCGAGGCGCUGAGGCGCACCGAGCAGGGCUGCGAUGGCAGACACACAUCAGCGGACCCCGGUGCGGCUCACGACGACGACGACGGAGCGAAUGCGACGUUGGUCACUGACACCGAUGAAGCCGCGGUUGUGGUUGGCGACUUUAAUGGACUGCUCCGCCGUGCACGCACUUUCGAGGGGACCAACCGCGUUCUGCAUAUGAUGGCGAAGCUGAACAUUGAAAAAGAGGCCAUCACAUACGCAAGCCUCAUCGCGGCACUGCACAACCCCCAGUAUGUGCUGCCAGGACACACAGCCGAGGAGCUAGCAGGGCACCAAACCGGAGGAGCUACCUCGCCCCAGCCUACGGGCAUCGAGGAAAGCAGAGGCACAGUGAAGGACGUUUCGGCGUCUGGUUACCCAAGCACCUCGGUCGACCCUUCACGGACCAAGACGUCCUACGAGGCCUACAAAGAAGAGCGCAUUAAGGCCGGUAUGGCAUGGUUUGCAGCGUGUCCCGAGACGCAGCGCACAGCCGAUGUGUUCAAUGAACUGCUCUACCUGCUUCGCGCCAAGUCGCACUGGCUUCAGUUUGAUACAGCGCUAACGCAGCUUCGUGGCAACGCCGUUGUCGCAGAAACUGAGUGGCCGGAGAUACUCCGUAGUGCAGAGACACACACACCACGGUCAGUGUCCGCCAUCACCGAGGUCUCUUCAGCCUCAGGCCCUAUUCUUCCUCCGCGAUGGUCUACUUGGCCAAACGGAAAAACGUACGAGUUGCUCAUCCACCGCGCCCGCUACGUGCACCAGUGGGAGGUAAUGUGGGCACUGUAUGAAGAAAUGAUUGCCAGUGAUGUUCGUGGCACCCCCCGCGUGUACGAGGUCCUCCUCGUGGAAGCUCGCAGUCACCCACCGCAGUCGGUACUGGCUGCCGAGGGCUCCGGUGACACUGAUGCCUCCUCCAGGUUUCUUCUCCGUCUCUACGAGGAGCUACGCCGCAACGGCGGCGACGUGCACUCAAUGAAAGGAACGCUUAACGUUGUGAACGCAUGGUCAAAGGCCCGGACAAAGUCUAAUAGGUGGGGAUCCUGA